AUUUUCUGAGUGGAAGCACUGCUCCUGGCGCGACUGAGACCUAGACGUCGUACUUACGAAUAUCACCAUUUAUUAUAGCGGUACAGACAACGGAUUGAUAACGGUGAAUAACUGGUCAAAAACAAGACAUUGACUACCCAAGAUAAAUAUAAAAGGAGGUAUCCUAGAUAUGAGUUUACCUGUGCCUUGAUCACACGUUUUGCAAGUUUUCCUCGAUGAUAACUGAGUUUAAACUAUAUAUCAAGCAAGUUCAACUUAUACAGAAAUAAAGAAAUUCUGUGAUUCCACACCAAGUCCAUGAUUGCAAAUGGACGAAAUGGGUCGCAGAAAACAGAAAACCGGAUUGACAAAUCAUAAUGAAUCGUCAUCUGGUGGCAACAAGAGUGACCAACAAGUGGUCGAAAAGGUUCAAACUCCAUCCCGAGUGACACCUGAUAUUUCGGAACCUCCAAACGCUAGAAAGGACGAUACGCAAUUGAAAACAGGAGAUAAUGGCCGAGAGGAAUCGGCAAUUGCACUUGAGUCUGACACCAGCGAUCGGAACGCCUUUAUUGGUUCAUCUAGCGAACUCGUCUGUCAAGGCGACGGGCUCGAUUUAACUCAGGAACUUCUACAACUUUUAUGUGAUGAAACAAAGAAAGAAUUUAUCACGACUCCUGAUAAAGUAAUGGAAAAAAGAACCGAAAUAGGAGAGGCAAUGCCAGCGAAAUCUAAUCUUGUGCAACCGAAGACAAAAUCGAAUACUGAAGCGCACUCCAUGACUGAUCAGUGGACAGCCACCGUAUUUAUAGCAGCGCCUCUAGUAAAAAAUCAUGAUUUAGCGAUAGUUGGAGAAGAUCAGCAUUUAGGAAAAUGGAAACAACCUAAAGGAAAAUUCGAACGGUUUGUCCAAAUUGGCACAGACCUUUAUAUCUUUAAAGGAAUUGUUCCCGUCCCAUCAGGAGAUAAGCCGAAUUUCAAAUUCGUUCACGUCAAUGACGCCGACAAAAAGAUAGAAUAUGAAGGAGAGGGAACCUGGGACAAUCGGACAGAAGAACUAUUGCCCGGUUCUUGGAAUUUCUUUGUUUUCAAGCCAAAACCAAAAUCAAUGGUUGCAAAAUUUUGGGAAGGCCUAAGAGCGCUUCUUCACAAAUCAGAAACAAAAGAAAAAAUAGCUUACAAUUUCUUCAGAACCGUGUUUGACCACACACUGGAAAAUAUAUUACCAGAUUGGGAUAGUGCCAUGGAGUUUAUAAGUGAAUGUCUCGUAAAGGUACGGCAAGCAAUAGGCACUCAGUCUUCCGAAGGUUUUCAUCAGUUUCUUAACAAAUGGUUUGAGAAUCCCGAACUCCAAGUAGCCUUUGAUCAGUUAUUCCUACUAAUAGUGGGGGCAUGCAAGAUGGAAGUCUAUUCGACAAAAAUGAAACAGAUUUUGGAACUGAAUAGCAAAGAAUUCUCACUCUAUUUGCAUAAUUUUGGUAGUGUGAAACGCAAGCGUCAAGAUUUACAAACUAUUCUCGAGCGCAUCGCUUUCUAUGCCGGAAGGGAUUUCUGGUGGAUUCUGUUUCGCAUAACUCGCCAUUCGGAAGCAGUUAGAAAAUUCCAACCCCAGGAGGUUUCAGAAUCCAUAUUAAAGACAUUACAAGAGAUUCCCGAAGUACUACUAGAAAAUCCAGACAGCAGGAAUAGAGUGGUAGAUCAUCUAGUCCGUUGGACUGAGAUAGAUGAAAUAUAUUUCAACCUGCUUCCAGUCUUUGAAAAAAAUGCCAACUAUCAGAAGAUUCUCGAAUCACUUUUACUACAACGUCUUUUUGCCCUAAAGACGAGCGUCGAAGAUGUCAUGAAAAUCCUGCGCUCAGAAUUUAUGAAAAUGGCUUAUCAAAAUAUUUCGGUUCCAAGCCGUGGCAGCCCUGAGACCAAAAACAAUAAUUCUAACAUCACGGAUUUGCUAACAUCAGCCAACCUUGCGCAGGCCGCGUCUUCUAAUAGCGUCGCCUAUGAAUCUUCCCACUUGAAUCGGUCACUGUCCCAGGAACGCUUAUUAUUUGAAGAAGCUAUCAGAACUGUAUUCAACAGAAAACUUUCGGAUGCCGCAAAAGUAGCAUGUUGCAUUCCUGAUUAUAUGCUUCCGAUUGCGACUCCUAUUGUUGAAAACGUCGUUUCUCAGAAACUGAAAACAUAUUCAAAUUUCAGCCGCGAUGAUUAUCGGUACUUUGGCCAGCUGGAUGACAAUUGCUUCAAGAAUUUCCCUCAAGCCAAGGAGAAAAUCAGUGCCAAACUGCUGAAAAUGACGGUGGAUCACGUGAAAUCAGGCUCCUUUCAGGACAUUCCUACAACGAAGCUGAUAAUGCUAGGAUUAGCUGAAAAAAAGGACAUUCCUUUUCUUGAACGUGCAAAAGUUAUGGACCUUCAGAAAGCGAUGAGCAGAUUGCCCCGAAAGUUCUUCAAUAAUCUACAUGCCACUGUGAAAAAAUCCGGUACGUCGGUGGAAAAGACUUUGAAACCCUACCGCAAAGGAGCAACCAAAGCCAUAGUGGAACAGUUGGAGAAUCAUUUUGACCUGCUAGAGGAAAUUCUCAAUAGAGUCCGGAACCGACGUGUCCCACUCAUUGAAUUGGCUAGCCUUCAAGACCCGCAAGUGCUUGACUGCCUAAAAAGUUUUGGGCUUAGUGAUCGGACACUAGCCGAACUUCGCCAGGAGAUAGAAGAAUUGCGAGAGCGACACAAUUUGUAUGCUUCCCUUUAUAGCAGAUUUUCUCGUUCAGAGGUCAUGAUCAACAGACAAGAAGGCCUACGCGAAGAAGAGAACGAUCUUGAAGAAGAUGACAAUGAUGAAAACGACGGUAAACCAGAAACCCAUCAUAUCUUGGAUACUAAAGAGUGGGAGAGCUAUCUUAAAGACAUUGAUUCGGGAAGGAGUAUUUUAACUUUACAAGAUGCCAUGAACUUAGAAGUACCUUUACAAUCGCCAUCUGCUGUAUGGCUAUUCCAAAUUAAAGAGAGUGAUUUGUUUAUGGAGAAAAUAUGGCAUCUAAUGGUCAAGUCUGCACAGACAUUUCCAUUAUGCAGAAAGGAUUUGCAAAUCUUUGUCAGUCAAUGCGCCACUGAAUGGGUACGCUUGGCCCGCAGUGUUGCAGACGGAAGCACAUCGUUCAUCCUCAUGGGCGAAAUCGUCCGACUACAAGCAGACCCCAAUGUUCUUUCGAAAAGACAUCUGCAAAUUCACAGUGUUGAAGGUGUUGCAACAGCAUAUCGAAAUUUCAAAAACCUUCAAGAGUUGCGCCACCUUAUCGGUCCAUUCGUAGCGGCACUCCGAUUCUUCACUAUCCUUGAAAGGGGCCCAAUAGAUGCGCUGCACAAUUUCGUUAAAACCAAUUUGCUCAAGAACUGGGAUACAACAACAUUGGCUCAAAUGGCAGAAACAGGAAUUCUUAGAGUUGUGAAUGAAGACCUUAAUAUCGACCCAGAGCGACCUGAAACACGCAAUGCGAUGCAGUUUAUCAGUUCUCUUGUGACUGAUGAGAAUCGUUCCCCACUAAUAGAAUGGUUGAGAGAAAAAACCGAAAAAGAUAUGGAAGCCAUGGGGAAGAUUUUACAAGGAACUUUGCUCGUGGCCUAUGGCCAACUUCAGACGUUGCGAACCCGGAUCGCUCCUUUCCUCCAAAAUGAGUUUAAGACGUACCAAGAUUUAUUAAAAGUUGUCCGGGUCUCAGAAGAACGCUUUGCCCAGCGCAUUUCUGGCCGUGUCCAACCAAUCGAUUGCAAAUGGUUGGCAAAUAUGCUUCCUGAAAUUCAAGCCGCUGUCCGCGCCAGUAUCAUUUCGCCCUCUGAAGACGCCAAAGAAAAACUGGCCAAACUUCGCCAAGUUGUUAUUGACCCCAAAAAUGAAUCCUACUCAAUCGAAAUUCGCCUGGAACCGACCGGCUCGCUUUCAAUGGAAGAACUGAAACAAGCCUUCCAGCUGCUUGAUAUGGCUGCGGUGGAUGAUGGAGGCGACAGCGGAGAAUUGAUAGGUCGCACUAGACGGAACGUCGGGCUAAUCGAGAAGCUAUCUGAAGUAUUUCGUCAUCUUUAUGCGUCCGGCUGCAUUACCUUCACCUUCCGGGAGAGAAUUUUUAUUGAUCUAGCUGAUUUGGAAACGGAAAUCAAAGGGAUGCAAGAUCAGUUAGAGAAGUGGACCGAUCAGUGGAAAGAAAUAGAAGAAAUGCCUUUCCUAUCACUCUUUUCGCGUGGUUACCUUCUUCAGCUAGCAGAUUUGAUCGGCAGAAACGAAAGCGAUGACGUCAAAUCAAUUUUAAAGAUUCGGCUACCUUCUGGGGCGUCAAAAAUAGACACACUAGUUAACCAGCUUAUUCAGCGAACUCCCCGUAUUGGCGGUGAAGAGGAUUGGCUUUCUGUUGCUCAGCUAUUCAAAAUUCUUCGACAUCUUCAUCAACUUAUCGAAGCCAUUUUUCACCAGAAAAGUCCUGAACUUGCCCUUCCAUCAUUUCUCGUUUCAUAUGGUCGAACGUUGAAAUCUCACUUUAUCGACAAAGCAGUCGUCAUUCUCAACGUCCCGCGAGAUCUUCUCGUAGGAAGUUCUUUGGCGGCGUUUAUUUCGCUUACAAAUCAACCAAUAGAGCCCAGUCGAAUUCUUUUCGUAACGACCAACACAGACAAGCCAGAAGUCGAGCGAUUUAUGAAGCUUUGGUCUGUUGCUAAGGCUGAAGAAGAUUUUUUUAUUAUCCUUCACGUCGAGAGACUUACGGCAGCGUGCGCCUGUGCCGUCCGUGAAGGUGUCGAUCGUGUCUUACCGGAGCGCCGCGCAAAACUUUUGCUGUUGGCCCAGCACCACCAUCGUGUCCAUGCCACAAAAUCACUUGGUGCCCGGCUCGGCGUCGUUUCUGAUCGUCUACUAGAAGUUAAUUUUACAGCAGAUCAACUACGCCAUUGUUUUGCUAGUCUUCUACCGAAUGCGGCCAACCUGCAUUUCUUCACUUCAAAAUUAUCUGGUUGCGGGAAGAGCCAACAAGCGAUGCAAAAAGCUACAGAUCAAAUGCGUAGCCCCGAUUAUUAUCGCAUAUGUGUGCGAACUGGCUCCGUUGACGAACUUUUGGCCAGUUUGAAAAAAAUUGAAAACCUCUCAAGUCAGUCGAGAAAAAGUGCUGCUUAUCUUCAUCUAGAUGUCGCUCAUUCUGUUUCUUUUGAGUUUAAUGACAUUCUGCUCUCUUUGUUGGUGCAUGGAGCACUCUUCGAUCCCAAAAAGGCCAAGCUAGGAUAUUGGAUGAUCUCUCCCCAAACCAGUAUAGCCAUUGAAUUUGCUUCCCCAUUUGGAGUGAAUGAAUUCCCAGUCAUAGCUUAUCUAGGAAAACACAUUGUAUGUGAAUGCAACAAAUCCUUUUUCAGCUACGAUUUAGCUGCAAUGCCACGUGUUCUUGGACAACCAGUGACGAUCAACCGCUCCAACGCUCUUGUGGCGACCGGAAAAUUCCUACAACUUAAGCAGGCAGGACAGGAAGGGUUACGCAUGUGGGAUGAUAUUUGUUCUCUUCCCGAAACCCUCAUGAUCGAUCCUUUGCCGGAAGAUUCUACCUUCGAUCUCCUAGUGGAUUCCUUUCAACAUGCAGAAAAUCGAAAUACUCCCACUUUUAGUGCCUUAAAUGCCAUGGCCUCCUUCCUUUAUCGUCACAUUUGCGCCAUGAUAACCAGCAUGUGGUUUAAUGGCUCAGCUGUGUAUCUGUUUGAGCGUGACGAUUUAGCUCGGGUCUUCAAACUGAAUGUUUUCAAUCUAUUGCUCAAAGUGGCUAACGAUAGCAUCAACCGGUGCUGGUCUAUGGUCAAUCAAGGAAAGAAGCUCGCCGAGAUGGACUGGACGAAUCGUCAAAGAGCCAUGUUCCUGCUGGGACUGAAUGAGGAUGGAUUUAUCACUGGUAUGAACGUAGUGGGACGCGAUGCAAACGCCUUAAAAGCAUGUUCCAUGCUAGCUUGCGCUCCCACUCUUCAACAGCAGUGUCUCCAUUUUCAAGAGUUGCGUGGAUUCCGAAAUUUAAUGGAGAGCCGCGAGGGCGCUGAAGUUAUUCUGAAUGCGAUGCGAUCGCUUUUGCUCUUGGAUGGAACUGCAACAAGUGCCGUAAAAGUAUAUCAGCUGGACAGCCAUUCCAAAAACACUGCAGCAAAUCUUCGUUUAAAAGAAUUAGUUGGACAAGAUCAGGGGUAUGUGCUGACCGGUGACAAUAUCACGAAAAUGAUGUUUGCCCUUUAUCGUAUCCGCUGUGGUCUACCAGUCGUAGCUUUCGGAGAAGCUGGCGUUGGUAAAAGCGCUCUAUUCCGCUUCCUGAUUCAGACCUUACUCAAUCACACGUUUGAAGUGUGUAAUGUAAAUAGCGGAACAUCUAUUCAAGACGUGGAGGCUAUGAUCGACUCUUCCAUGAAAAUCAUCGCGAGAAACCCUGAAGCCCAGGUAUUCCUCUUCUUCGACGAAAUGAACACCGCAGAUCCACCCGUCAUCGCGUUCUUCAAAGAACUUAUGCUUGACCGCCAUUGCCAUGGGACACUAUUACCAGAAAAUUUACAUCUAAUGGCUGCUGCUAAUCCUUACCGACAUUUGCACGAGGCAGAUAAGGAAGCCGCUGUUGGGCUGGCUUUUCGCUUUGACCAAAGUACUCCAAGUGAAAGCAGUGGUACCCGGUCCGACGCACGUGAUUUGGUGUAUCGAGUCAACGAAUUACCGGUCGCGUUCUACGAUCACAUCUACGACUUUGGUCGUCUUUGCGACGAGGCCGAAAACACGUAUAUUGAAGAAAUUUGCCAACAUGGGUUGCCUAGAUCAAACUUUGCUUCCAACUACGUCAAAUGGUUUGUUUCCCUUGUUCAGAAGAGUCAUCGGAUUGCAAGAGCGCUAAGUGUCGACCCAGAGUCAGCGGUGUCACUUCGAGAUGUCACUCGAGCUGUCCAACUUUUCCAUUGGUUUUGUCAAGCACCAGCUGGCCAAAAAAUUUCAAAGAAAGACGUGGCGGUAGCAGCCGACUUGACCAUUUACCUCGUCUAUGCCUUCCGAUUCCGUAAACGAAAAACGUUUUUGGGAAAUGUCUUCGGAAAGGAACAAUCAGCUUCGAAGAAUAUGGCUGAAGUUUCAAGAAUCAUUGCCAAAAUGCUUUAUGAGCAGGCUCAUGGGGCCUCAAUUGGCUCGGGGGCCAUUGCGUUGAACGAUGCACUUUGCGAAAAUCUUUUCGCGUUGUAUGUUUGCGUCCUAAACGGAAUAUUUCUGAUUAUCGUCGGACGUCCUGGAUCAUCGAAGUCGUUGUCGGUCGAAAUUCUGAAACUAGUACUUUCGCCGGGCAAUCACACACUCCGACACGAAUUAGGAGAUUUGCCUGCCAUUACGGAGCUAUAUUUUCAGUGCUCACCGAUGUCGACGUCUUCUGGAUUCAAAGCCCUGUUUGAAUCGGCACAGCGGCUCAGUGUAGAUCCAAAGACCAUGUUAGCCAUGGUCGUGCUGGAUGAACUCGGUUUGGCUGAUAUGUCGCCGGAAAAACCGAUUAAAGUGCUGCAUGCUGAAUUAGAACGACAAUCUGUUUUGACAUCCGGCGACAAACAACAGUCACCAUACUCGGUGGUUGCCCUCAGCAAUUGGGUAGUGGAUGCUGCCCAGGUGAACCGAGGAAUCUUGAUUUUGCGCACGCAAGCGGACAAGAAAGAUCUGUUGAGAUCAGCGGAACAACUAGCCGACUCUUUGAUCAGUAAAUUCGCGAAAGAAUCGGAAAGAAAGCGCAUCCUUAACAUGCUAACUGAAAGCCUAGAAAGUGUUGUCAGUACAUAUCAAGAACUUGACAAAAAAGAAGAUAUUGGUGGAGGUCAUUUUUUCUCCAUGAGAGAUUUCUUUUUCUGUGUCAAGAAUUUCGUCUGCUCCGUUUUCGACUCGUUCACGCGGAUGGGAGAUUUGCGUGACAUUCGCGUUUCUCGAUACAUAUUGAUUCAGUCAGCUGUUCGUAACUUUGGCGGCCAUGAAAAAGCUAGGAAAUUGGUAAGAAGCAGCAUGGCCAAUAACCUCGAAAUGAAUCCGGCUGUCAUUCCAGUUACAUCACCACUCGAUCUGAUUGUGGCAAACAUUCAAGAUUCUUCAAAACCGCUAUCGAUUCAUAUCGCCAGACAUUUAAUGAUUCUUAACCGAUCGCUGAUUGGUCUGCAAUUACUCAAUCGCAAUGUUAAAAGUAAAUUGGACGAUGGAACAAACUGGAAUGUUCUGUUUGGUUCUUGCUUUCCAGGCGAUUUGCAAGUUACAGCCGUGACAAGAAAAUUACGUCAAGUGGAACAAGCUAUUCGCUCAGGUGGCGUUCUAAUUCUGUGCCACGCUGACCAGCUUUUCGAAUCUCUCUACAUGGUGCUGAAUCAACAGUAUUGGGCCCAAGGAGAGGUUACAAUGACGCAGAUAGCUCUUGGUCCAUCCAUUCGAGCUAUAGCACUUCCGAACGGCCCGUUUCGAAUCAUCGCCCUCCAGGACACAGACGUUGCACUCAAUCGAGAGCUGAUGUCGCCAGCCAUCUUGUCUCGAUUUGAAAAGCAUGAACUAAGGCCGUCUCACCUCCUAGAUGACGUCGGGAUGUUUUGUCUAAAAGCUAUCGAGUCACAUUCUCUCUGGUUAGCUGUUGCGGAGACAAUCAAACGACAAAAAUUUAUCUACGGAUAUCAUGAAGAGUCUUUCGCCGCAUUGGCUCUUUAUUUACAAGAUAGAGGCAUGCCAAUGGAAUUUGAAGAAGAUCAAGAUGAAGAUCAACACAGUGCCACCACGAUCUGGAUGAGAGCGACCAACCCAAUGUCUAUGAUCAAAUUAGAAAGGGAUUCUAGCAUCGACACGGAAUUGCUGGACGUGUGUCGGCGUUACCGCCAAAACUUUGUUUUGGAAAGCAUAGAUGACGCUUUGCUCAAUGUCAAAUCAGAUCGAAUAGUUAUUGUGACGAACACACUCCGUCAUUUGGAAAUCGCGUUUGCUGUUUCUUCCCCUUACCGCCGUUCCACCAUCCAGCUUUUUGACAUCCUUACUGAACUUGAACUCGUCAAGCUUCUGGAAUCGAUUAACGAUCAAGAUUUGUCUGAUCCGGACUUCUGCCUCGUUGUCCAGUAUGACGCAGUGACUGGGCCGAUAGAACAAUUCCAGCUUGCUAAAUACGAAAUAGAGCAGCGGUUUGAAAAGAACAAAUGCCGUGUCAUUUUCGUUGUGCACGUCGAUCCUCGGCCUGUGAGCAUGCACUGGGUGUUUUCCUUUGGUGAUUGUUGGGAUUAUUGUUUCGUAGAUGAAGUCGUCCCUGGCGGCCAAUUAGACCACCAUCGGAUCUCGCUAGGCGAAUUCGUCAAAUCGCCUUCCGACCAAACUUUGUCGAGUUUUAUUGUGGAAAUGUCAACUGAAUCCUUCAAGUCGUUAUUACUCGAAAUGCUCGGCCCAGUUUUGCAGACAAGUCUAGCCACAUUACGGGCCAGCUUGGGACAAUUUUACAGCGGGGUCCGAAUAGCAUUAGGACUGCCAAACAACAAAACCUUGAUAAAAUUGAUGAAAGAAUGUUUGCUGGCCCAACUGAAUGACAGCGGGAUAACCUGGAAUGUAGUCGAUGCAGUGAGUGAUCCAAGUUUUGAUUCUUCUUCUUCGCUAACGGAGGGCCUCUGGGGUGUUUUCAAGCACAAAAUUAGCAACCCUCUUGCACACUUUUUACUUAUCAGUGAUAUUUGGCGUAUUACUGAUCUGCCCUCCUCCAUGUUAUGGUGUGACUUUGUUAUCGCGAAUUAUCCCGACCGUCUGAUGUCGCUCAACUCUUCCGACACUCCCCCUCAAAUUCCUGUUGGAUUUCGAUCCUGCACUCAACCAUUUGGUCGAUUGCUAGCAUCUUUCAACAUGAAUUACGCCCAACGCACAGAACCACGUCUCAAUGGACCGCUUCGAUGGCUCUUAGAGCGUAUCGCCAAAAACGAAGAUGAAAAUUCGCAAGAGAUAAAAGAGGCAUACUUUCUUGAUUGGUUUUUGCUUCGAAUUCCACCACAUUUGCACCGUUGCUUGCGAAAAGUGCCGCUGUCGAAGAUGAGUUAUCUUGUUGACCAUCUGUUUGAAGAACCAGCCAUGUUUUUCCUUGAUUGGGAGCAUUGUGAAGCAGAUGUAAUUGCAGCUCUUGAGCUGGCUAGCAUUGCCUCUUUUGCCACGGCUGAUAAGAUUGACUUCUGGAGCGAGACUACGGGCAGGAUGCGCAAUUGGAAAUUUUUUACCGAAACAGCAGCUCGGCUAUCCUUGGAAACAUUGGCUUCAGCCGACGUUAUGAAGUCCCAUAAAAAAUUCCUGCAAUCAAUUUCUUCGAUUGAACUAAGUUCGACGCUUACAAACCUACUGGAUCACGUGAAAGAUUUGCCACAGCUUUGGCUUGGUUUGAGAAUCACGAAACGUAUCUUGGUCUUUGAUCCAGAUUCGGACAUCAGACUUCCAGAACUACAGGUUUCUGCACCUCACAGACUAUUUGAUAGCCUGACAGAUUUAGUCAUUACAUCUGUCAUCCGACCAAGGCUGGCUAGUGAUGGCCAAGCAAGACGAUUAGUCCGACAAGCUGACUUGUACGCCUUGCUAAAGAGCACGUCGUCCUGUAGUUCUCCCGAAGAGCUUUCAAAAAUCCUAGGAGAGUGUCCUACCACCAAUUCGAUCGUAUUACGAGAAGAUAACGUAGCUGGAAAAGAUAUCGACGGGCAUUGUUCAAGUUGCGCAAGCCCGCUUACCACAAUUGAAGAAACGGAAGAUGACCAGACCCAUCCAGUUACUCAUUUGAGAUCACCAAACGACAAAGAGAUAAAUUCCCUCUUCGAAGAUCACCAAAAAUUCAUGUUUUUCUUUGAGCGUGUCGCUGAGUUGUUCAUCCAACAGCGAAAAAACAAUCCACGUGAUAUCCAAGAUUUUCUGCAGUAUCUUUUAAGUUCCGAUUCCCGUCUGCGAGUCUCAUGGCGUUUCAUGACCGUUAUCGUACGCACGGUUUUGUCAACUCGUUGUGGCAAAAAAGUUAUGGAUGACCUUCUCUUAACCAUUCGAUGCAACCGGCCGUCUGGCGAAUUUAAUGUUAAUGCCCACAAUUUGUUACGUGCCUUACUCGCGUGUGCCGACCAAGAUAUCCGGAACAACGAGGACGCCGAACCAGGUUUUGAUUUGAUUGAAGCUGCCAUGACAAGAGAUUGGACGGUUGAUCGCAUUCAACGACUAGCUAACAUUCGAAAGCAAAUAGCUGAAGUUGAAAAUGGAAUAGAGGAUGUUAUCGCAGAAUGGUCUGGUUGGCGGAAAAACCAGAAUGACCAAGCCCUCACGGAUUCUUUGCUGUUCUUCAUCUUGCGUUUCUACUCUGAUGAAGGAGACCAAACACGACUGAGCCGAAUGUUCCGCAAUCCAAGAAUAGCUGAAGAACUAAAUCACCACAAGGUUGUUAACAGUUUCAUCAAGACUUUAUCUCCGCUCUCGCUAGGUUUCGAUCUACAGGUAGGUACGCUAGGUAUCACUACAGCCAAUGUAUUCCAAGAGCGCUUGUUGGAUGGAGAUCGUUUUGGCACUGGGGCAUUCGAGCAUUAUCCUGCACUACGCGAAAUCCAACCCGAUUGGGCUCCUUUCAUCGCUCGACUCGCGUAUCACGCGUAUGAUAUCUUCCAAAACAAACAUUUCCGCUUGCUAAGAGAAAUGGCUACCAAUCUGGUUGCUACGUCGCAAUAUCUUCUUCCGGGCAUUGACAAUCAUCCUUAUUUGCCCAGCUUUACAUUGGAGGCGACGCGUUGGUUUGUUUGUAACUGUGGGACAUUGAAUUGUGUCGGGAACUGUGGACAUCCCACGCCAGAAUCCAUUUGCAUCCAUUGUCGCGUGGCCCUUAGUCAAGCCGCUCACCAUCCACGAGCUGGAGUUCGACGAGCAACCGCUAGAGACUUUCAGCCACCGACUGGGAUUCACGUGACUCGAGCUGCCACCCGUACUCCAACUUUUGCUGCGAGAAACUGUUCACCGGUCGUCACCCGAUUUGCCCUCCUGCUGAAUUCGUUGGCACUGAUGAAUGCUGCUUUAAAUCCACGAACAGAACAACACGCCAUUGCUCAUCUACUGCUGACGCUUCCACUUGCCGAACGUCAGCGUGUUGAAAAUCGUCAAUCCUUAAUUCAGCUCCUGUCGAAUCAUAUAAUCGUCCAUCUAGACCUACUCUGCCAGCUGUUAGUGGCAUCUAGACCACAAUUGACAAUGACGGACAAGUUCCGCAUUGGCCAUUUGUUACUCCACAAAUUACUCGCAUCUCAGGACCGUUCAUUUCUUACACACGCGGCCGAUUUUGCUAACGGAACACAGGCAAGAGAGACUUUCGAAAAUGGUCUAACAAGACUGCUGGCCCAACAAGUAAACCUAGCGGAAGAGCUCGAUCAGAUCGCAGGGCAAUCAGAUGUGGCAUCGAAGGCAUUUAGGCAAUCCUUCCUGCACAACGAAACAUCGCAUUGGGCCUAUGCAAGAAGAGUCUUUGCUGAUCGACAAACCUUACAACUAGAACUGGCCAGGAACGGUCAGCUGCGCAAAACUCUGCCUUUCCUGAAUUUGUUACUGGAUGAUGAAAAUUGGAUGCGCAAAUUGAAUGCGUUGCAAUACCUUGGCGAAGCUUUACGUUUUGUCGCUCUCGUUCGCACUGUUUUGGCAGGAGAAAUAACUCUAGAGGAAGCAAACCGUAUGACCAUCGCCCAGGGUUUGGAAAAAAUCACGGAUGUCGUUUUGCAGAAAGUAGUCCUAUUAGAUCGCGGGCGCCCUGUAGCGACCAGGGAACAUGUGAUGGAUCUGUUUGAGGGUUUCAAACAGUUAUGGGAUCGAUUCAGUCAGCUACAGAACGCGGAGAAGAAAACGUUCUUGGAUUACUUUGAAUGCCAACAAGUUGAUGUCAGCGUUAGACCCAAAACAAUACUUGAUCAAGCAGCACCCCUUAUUCUGAUUUUGGCCGGCAGUGAACUGCCGGAGACUACGUUCAGUUGCCAACUAUUGAGUCACGCUGUGGAAGCUGCUUCAUCCAUCGCCCUCACGGACUUCAUUCAGCCGCUUUGUCGAGUAGGCUCAGGACGCGUCCGACUCUCAUGUUCAAGCGCUGCAGCUUUAACUGACUUCGAUGAAUCACUAUACGCCCACGUUUCAACCGAAGAGGUCGAUAAUUUUAUUCGGGAUCAUGUCAUCGACCGGUCCACUCUCAAGCUAGCUGAGUCAUUUGCAAUGGCGGCCAUUUUAGGACCGGCUGGUAGUACCAUAGCGGAAGAGUUGUCUCUUGAUGUCAUCCCAGAAUUUUUGUUCAAAGACGAUGUGGAAUCGGGAAAUUUUCUUGUGAGUCUGGAGAGGCGUUCUAUCCCUUGGCAGCCAUCUACGAUACCUCCUCAACUCCAGGAACUCAUCCUAGCUGAUUUGGAAAAAAAUCGCUGUUUGGCCGAGGCUAGAUCGGUCCUCAUUUCUGUCAUCACGCAUCUUCAGUCAAAUACCGAACCACUAGUCGUUAGCAAGGUGCGGAAGAACUACAUCUCCGAAGUAUUGGAGGAAUUGGUGCAGGCAGAAGUUUUGACAGAACGCCACAUAUCGAACGCCACCGUAGGCGCCCUCAACAGACAUUUGAAAUUGGAAGUUCGUCACGCCUUUGGUUUGCUGAAAGCCAUUGUGGCGCGAAUGAAAGGUGAUGACAUUUUCGGUGGCCGCGUUCGAGAAGGUUGGACGACGAUGAUACCUGAACGCCUUGCUCAACUGACGAGGCAAAAAUUACGAGCCGAUGCCCAACCCGACGGAAUACUGGAAAGUUUGUUACAGAUAGUUAACAUUAUAUCAGGUAAUCAGACGGUCCCGGUCGAGCUUACCCCCGACAAGUCUUUGUUGUAUGCCAUCAGACAGAUCGAAGGUUCGGAAUGGGAUGGAAUUCCCGCCGAAUUGAAAAUGGAGCAUCUCGGCCACCUACUCCUGAUUGUCGAAUCCGUUGCCAAAAAAUAAGCCUUAAGUCAAUUGUUUUCUUGUCUUUCUUUUUUAAUCCAGUUUGUUUUUUUAUCCGAUAUUACGCCAAUUAAGAUUAAUAAUUAUUGAUUUCUUCCUGAAACAUGUGAUCAAAGGUUUGGUGAAAGUCGUUCCUGGUCUAGUUUAUUUGUAAUUCAUUUUCCUGAUAGAGGGUUACAAAAAAUUAAUAAUAAUAAUAAUAAUUACUUUUUCAUUCUGGGUUUGGCUCUUUAUUCUGUAAACAGUGUUCGGCAUCUAUCAAUACAUAGUAAAAGCUGGAA